AGAAACUUUUCGUGAAAGGACAAAUAAUACAGCAUGGGUCCGAAAUAGUAACUGUACUACAAUAGUGGCUAGUAGAUUCUUCACAUCGCACCACGUGAUGGGGAAGGAAGGAACGGACUGUAAGUAACUGGUAAAUUUGACAUUUCUGAGAGCCUGAAAUGAAAUAAUACAAAGUUGGAUUCUUUUGAACCAGAGAGACAACCAUUUAUUCAAGCAUAGUCUGCAUCUUCGUUUCCUUACUUCCCUAAGGCUGCGUUGCGUAGAGUUCGUUAAAAAAGUAAAGGUUUUUUUGGUAAAAUCACGGCCUCGGAAUCCGGUUGCCUUUCUUUAUCUGUUACUUGUUUAGAAAAAACCGAACAAAAUUUCUCUCUCCCUGGAAGCUGACACACAUCGGCUUACACAGAUAACAUUUCAUCUCUUAAAAGGCUUGGUGUAGCACUGGAAUGCUGUAAAAGUGAUGGAGGAGGGUGAUUCUGCAGUGAGGAGAUGGGAGGAUUUGGACACUGAUAUAUUGGUGAAGAUAUUCCAGUCUUUUGACAUUUUUCAAUUAAUUUCAGGCGUUGCUCACGUUUGCAGUGCAUGGCGAUUCGCCUGCAGCGAUCCCUUGCUAUGGAAGACGCUUGAUUUGUCAAUGUUGAAAUCUAAUUUCAUCAAAAUCCCCUUGGAGCCUUAUGUGUAUGUGGAUGGCCGUUCUGAUAAGACAUUGACCCGAAUCUUGAAGAUAUCCUUGAAUCUUAGCCGGGGAAAUAUAACAUCGUUGAUUUUCCACUUCAAUCUCUUUGUAAGCGAUGAGCAGUUAACUUAUACGGCUGAAAGGUGUCCGCAACUUAGAAGACUUGUUUUGCCUGCAUGGAAUCGAAUAAAAAAGACUGGAAUAUGCAAGGCUAUACGUAUGUGGAGAGAUCUUGAAUCAUUGACAAUGCCUAGCAUAGCAAAUCCCCAUUAUCUCAUUGAGGAAAUUGCUAAUAAUUGUAGUAACUUCAGAGAACUAAAGGUCAUGGGCCCUUUUGACAUUUCCUUUGCAGCCGCACUAGCAACAUAUCUUCCAAAUUUAAAAGUUUUGAGCCUGCGAUGUUCAAUGCUAUUUAGAGAUGCGUUGAUCCGUAUCUUAGAUGAUUUGCAACAUCUAGAAGUGCUCAACAUAUCACACUGCCUUCUGAUUGAAAUCCAGCCGCCUCCUGCGCCAAGACGAAUUACUAGGGAGCUUGAUCAAAUUAUCCUGGACAGGGCUUCUCGGUUACGUGAAUUCUUAAUAUGCACGGAAGACUCCUGUGUUAUGUGCCAGAGGACGAAAAGGGAUGAAGGACUCAUGCGGUGGUACAAGUAUGAGGAAGGUUUGUGGAAGGCCGAUGAGGUGAGCUCUCUUGCUCUUUGAUUGGAGCAGUCUGAGAUCAUAUUUUAGCAACUAAAAUCUGUAGAACAUGUGCCUUCUUCCAGAUUAUGCUUCCAGAUUAUGCUUUCUUCAAUGCUAGAAACAGAAUAAACUAAUGUUUGAAUGGACGUAGUUAAAAGCUGUCAUCAAUGAGUGGUUGUGAUAAAAGACAUACUCAAUGGGUAGUUGUGGAGGGGAUUCUGAGGAUUUGCGAAAAUCUGCCACUAUGGCUGAGAUUGUUUGUAAUUGUAGUAAUAAUGUAAAUAUAUGGCAAAUUACCCUUUCCGGUACGUUUCUUUUAUUUAUUUCUUGAUAUGCAA